UGGAUGAGCCACCCUUGGCGUCGUGCCUUGUGCGUGUGACUCAGAUGGAUUCUGCUUGCUGAAAGAUUCCUGCAAGUCCUCAGAGUUGUCCAACCUGCCUGGGAUCAGUGCUGGAAGCCGUGAGAAACACACUGAAAGCGAGUUCUACAUCCUUGUUGUCCCUGUGCAGGAUGGAGACUCGGGAGUCACUCUCACUUCUUGCCCUUGCUGUGCUGUGGGGUUGAAUCCAGGAUGGCUGCUCUGUGCAGGGAGGUCCCCAAGGACCUUUUGUAUAAUGGGACUGCAUAAGAAUUAUUCAGGGAAUAAAAUGAACUGGUUGAGACCCCACCAUCAAGAAGCCCAAGGCACAGAAGAAUCAACGCGACGCUGCUGGAUCCAUGGAGAUAAACAUGACUACUCAUCGAUUGCCUGAGCUGCCUCCCGAGCUGGGGCAGAGACCCACAGGACACAGGAAAGCCUACUGCUGUUUAAAACUACAGGAUUCUGAGAUCUGGCAGCCUCUGUGCAAAAGGCAGCAUGUGUUUAAGCAAUGUGUGAAAGACAAGGAAAUUAAAGCGAUUCUUGAUGGUAGCUCCUGUCAGUGCAGCCAGAUGAACUCCUCCCCUUCAUGGCCUUCCAGGGAAAUAUUGAAAUCUUAAACCUGGAUAUGAAGCCUGGGAACAUCCUGAAGGUGAAGGGCAAAAUACCUGUUGAUACUGUUGGCUUCAGCAUCAACCUUGGCUGCAACUCCAGAGAUCUGGCACUUCACUUCAAUCCCCGCUUCAAUGAGUCUGUCAUCGUGUGUAACUCCAAGUGCUCCGAUUGCUGGCAGACGGAGCAUCGUGACCACCACCUCUCUUUCUACAGGGGCUCCACUGUCAAGUUCUUCAUUGAAAUGCUGUCAGACAAAUUCCGUGUGAAACUGCCGGAUGGUCAUGAAGUGUACUUCCCCAACCGGCACGGCUACCGCAAGAUCAACUACGUAAGCAUCCACGGGGGCUUAAAGAUGGUCUCCUUCAGGCUGAGCUGAUGGGCACCACUUCCUAGCUCUAAUAAAAAACCAAGCCAGUGGAA